AUGAAAGGACUUCACGGUGGCAUUCCUCUAGCCGUGCUGGCCGCCACUGCGCGGGCCCAGGUUCAAGUUAUGGGCGGCCCCGGCGGCACUGAUGUCGGCAACCAUGCCUCCAUUCCUACAGAAAACACGGCCACCAACACCGUUAACGACGACUUCAAGGAUGACCACUCCUUCGAGCUCGAGCACGAGAUCGAGGUGUACCCCCCUGGUCAUGGUCACCACAAGCGGGUCGCGGGGGGACACGGUCCAAGUGUGAUAAGUGGUCCCAGCGGCGACGACAUUGGCAACGGCUUUGCUGCAGCGAGUGUCAACACGUUCUCGUCCGAGGUCAAUGAGGAUUACAAGGACGACCACUCCGUGGACAUUGACAAGACCACCAUUAUCAAGCCUGACCAUAAGCACCACCACCGCCGCGGCGACAACUUCCCCGAAGUGCCUCAUAAGCCCACCGUGAUCGGCGGCGCUUCUGGUGAUGACAUCGGCAACGUCGCAGACAUUCCAACAGUAAACGAGUUCGCGUCGUCUGUAACAGAGUCGUACGUCGACAACCACUCGGUCGACGUCGACAAGAACACCAUUGUCAAGCCGCACUGGCGUCGCCAGCACUCCGUCAUCGACGGGCCCAGUGGCGACGAUGUCGGCAACGCCGCCUUCCUCGCCGACGUGAACAAGAUCUCCUCUUCCUUCACAGGAAAGUAUAAGGACGACCACUCCGUUGACGUCGACAAGACGACGAUUGUCAAGCCAGGCAGCCACCACGGCUACCAGGGCCAGGAGAAAGGUGAGGAGAAAGGGCACGAGAAAGGGCACGAGAAAGGCGACGAGUAUGACCAGGAAAAAGGCCAGGAGAAAGGCGACGAGUAUGACCAGGAGAAAGGCCAGGAGAAAGGCGACGAGUAUGAUCAGGAGAAAGGCCAGAAGAAAGGCGACGAGUAUGGACAGGAGAAAGGCGAGGGGACUGGCCAGGAGUAUGGCAGAGGCUUCCACCACCCGCCCAACAAGCGCGAGGCCCGCGGACACCCCUCCACUGCCAUUGGAGGCCCCAGCGGCAAUGACAUCGGUAACGUCGUCGACAUCCCCACUGUGAACAGUUUCACGACCAAGUUCAACGGUCAUUACACCGACGACCACUCUGUCGACGUUGACAAGGCCUUUAUCGUCAAGCCCCAUAAGGCCCGCGCCCUGCGUCCAGGACAAGAGGACGAACACGGAAAGAACGACGAAGAUGUUACCGUUAUUGGCGGCCCUAACGGUAAGGAUGUCGGCAAUGGAUUCGGUGCCGCCAACGUCAACGCGGUGGACACAGAGACUAACGAGUCCGUCAACGAUGACCACUCGGUCGAGGUUGAGAAGACCGAGAUCAUUAAAGCUGGUGAUGGUCACAUCCAUCCCAUCAAGCCGCAGCCCGAGGAACACGGCACUGAGCAUCACUCAGGCGCGGAGGAGCCGGAACCUUCUAAGCCUGUUCAGCAGGACUCCCACUCCAAGUCUGACCCUGAAUGUACCAAGGUCCAUGAGGUGGUACACACAGUGACCAGGACUCGCACCGCUGUCGAGACUGCCACCCACACUGUCUGGCCUCAGCCGGCCCACUCUGAAGGACAGGAGCCUUCUCACAACCAGUAUCCUUCUGCCGGAAAUCCCUCCAGUCCCCACGGCCAGGAGCAGGGUCCUACUGCGCCUCAGUACCAGAGCGAGCAGGACGGCAGCAAACACAAUUACCCCGAGACUGGGUCCAGCUCGUGGAACUCCAAAGGUUCUGAAGAGUCUGGCGAGCCCGGACACGCCAAAGGUCAGGAGCAGGCCCCCUCCUCUCCUCAGUACGGUGGUAAGAACGAUGACAACAACAAAAGCAACUCCGAAAAUGGGUCGAGCUGGUCCGAUUCUCAGGCUCCCCAGCAAUUUUCGAGCUCUGAGAAUGGCAAAGAUCAGCAGCAGGUUCCUGCAGCGCCUCAGUAUCAAGAAGGGAACGACAGCAGCAAGUCUGAUUCAGAGGGUGGAUCGAGCUGGUCGAACUCUCAGGCGCCGGCACAGUCUUCCAACUCGCAGUACUCCGGACAGUCAGGUACAUCUGCGCAACAGUCCCCCAGCAAGGACCAGGGCCAGGACAAAUCAUCCGACGAGUGGUCUUCCCCGUCUUCAAACGAGGAGGGAAGUUACAACGCCAGCCCUGCUCCGGCCGCCAGUGAGGUCUAUUACGGCGCCCAGUCAUCCCACGCGGCUUGGGAGUCCACCCCUACAAGCGAGAGCCACAGCUCCCAUGGCUACUCCCACGUUCAGUAUCAGCCCUCUCCCACGUCAGAAGGUGCAUACCAUGCCCCUGCCACAUCCGCGAUCACAGUCGCAGAGGCCUCCUCCUUCAGUGUGAUUCCCGUGCACGUACCCAGCGGGACCCCCCGGGCACACGCUCACGGUUCUGUUGUCGUGGCUUCGUCCAGCACGCCUGUUUCGUCUGCGUUCCGAGUGCACAACCCUUCUGUACCCACUGGUGCUUCUCCUGAACAGAACCACCGCAAUUCACCCUCGCCGUCCCCCUCUACCAAUGGAGUAACCGAGUUCACUGGUGGUGCUGGGCGCGUUGCCAAGAUCGAGGGAUUGUGCGGAGUGCUGGUGGGUGUUUUCACCCUUCUGGCAUUUGCGCUGUAAUUGCCGCGCUGCUUUCUGCUGAGGAUGGGGAAUGUGAGAUCCUUAAAGGAGAUUGACGCUAGGUCGUCCGCUUCUCAUCUAGUUUUAUGGUCAUAACGCUCUUUUAGUUAUGCCCUUUUUCGUUUUUUAAUGCCAGGAUUCCUUCUGUGUAUCCUACAGCUAGCCUGCCUGCGGGUUAUAUUAAUGAAUUUUGUUCUUUUGCCGAAGCUAAAACCAUGCAUUUGCCUAUUAUAUUAUGUUCCAGAGGCCCUUACGGUAGGAAUGCUAAGAGCUAUGCCAUCUCAGGUAAGGAGA